AUGGUGGCGGCGGCGACGGCCAAGGAUCCGUCCUCCGCGGAAACAAACUCCGAGGCUCUUUCCGACGAAGACAUAGAGUACGAAGAAAUUGAGGAGGAGAUUGAGGUGGAAGAGGAAAUUGAAGUUGAAGAAGAGGAAGAAGUCGAAGAAGAGGUCGAGGAAGAAGUGGAAGAAGAAGUGGAAGAAGAGGUCGAGGAAGAAGUCGAGGAGGAUGUAGUAGGAGGAGGAGGAGAUGUCAAAGGAGAAGUAGAUGAUGAUAUUGAUAAAGAAUUUGGCGAAGAGUUAACUCCAAGUAAUCAAGUAAACGAUCAAAAUGAUACUGGCCAAGUUAUUGAGCCUGAUUGCAAUGAGGAUCACUUCAUACCAGGUUUUGCCACUCCAGGAAUAUCAGUGGCAAAUCUACUGCCAGAUACUCAUGUUGUUCAAGGCUGUGCUGGUGAUUACAGGAUUUCUGGGUCGAGUGUGACGACUCAUAAUGAGGAACCUCAUGUUGAUGGAAAAUUAUUUUUUAUGGACCAUAAUAAUGGAGCUUCACUAUGUGACAAGUGGGGGAGGAGUGGUGAUUCUACUAGGCUGCCCGUUCACGAAUUGGAUGCUGCAAUCUCACAUAUUGAUACUGAAAGUAAGAAGGAUAAUGAGGAUCCCUAUUUCGAGAAAGGAACUUAUGACAUCUCUGGGAAAGAUUCAAAAGGAGAGGCUCCAAGGAUUAGGCCAAGAAGUUCAUCUCCUGAAUCCGUGUUGAAUGAUGGAAAUAAACGACAAGCAGUUGUUUGUGAUUUUUUUGCUAAGGGCUGGUGCAUCAAAGGGCAUUCUUGUAGAUUUCUACACAUAAAAGGAGGAGCGGCUAUUACUAGUCACGAUAAAGAAGGAACUGUGGAUGCUGCAGCAAAGAAAAGUGAACUACCAGACAAGAAAGCUUCUUCAGUUCAGCUCACCCCACAUGGUGGAGAAAGCCCAAACAAGAGGAGUGAGACUAAGGAGUUGCCUUUACUUAAAGAUGAUCGAUUGGUGCUCUCUUCCCAAGAUUUUGGGCGACCCUCUUCCCAAGAUUUUGGGCGACAAAUGAACAGGGAGGAAUAUCUUGGCUAUGGUUCGUCCAUGGCCAAAGGCAACUCUCUUCAUGGAACUUUCUCGAGAAGUUAUGCUAGAACCUUAGAAACUUAUGGGAGCACAAUAGGUACCCCUCACAGUACAAGUUUGGAAGAAAUGACUUGUACAAGAAGCAACUUUUUGGCAACUGACCACAGUUUCUCUUCCCUUCAUAGGUCUCCUUUGUCUUUCGCUUACCCCUCUUGGAAUACAGAUUCACUGAGCACUCAAAAGCAGUUAGGGAGUGGUCAAGGGGAUUAUGCUUCUAGAUCUGCUUCUGUCCAACGAAGCUCUUCACCUUUUUCUGGUUCUGAAUCAGAAAAUGUCUCUCAAACUAAUGCUGUUAAUGAUAAGCAAUGCUCGGCCUGGUCUAAGACCAAGACACUUUAUGAUUGGGAACCAUCUGUUCCUUUUCGACCCUCAUUUUUUAUGACUAGGCACUUAUUGUCUUCAGCAAGCCUAUAUGAUCCCAUACGUGAUAGCAUUGAGCAAGCCAGCUCAGUUGUUGGACACUCAAAAAUUUCACAAUCUGGUAAGGAAGCUUCAGUACUUGGAGCACACGUGCAGGCAGAUGCUGAUUCAUUUCCAACAGGAACUCUUGGUACAGAAUGUAGUUCCAACAAAUAUUCAGUUCUUUUUUCUGCCAAAAACUUUUCUAGUAAAGAUUCUACAGCAGAAGCAAAAGAAUCUGUUGGUACUCAAUCGCAAAAUAAAAAAUCUUUUCUGAAGGAAGAGAGGUUUUUGGAAAAUGAAUGUGUCAGAGAUGUCAUGGAAGCAGACCAAAUGCCUAUUGAUUGUGGUUCAAAGUCAGUAAGCAGUGGGCGACAUAGGACGGAAAGUAAAGAAGAGAUGUCUAGACAAAUGAUUGAAGCUGAUGCUGAUCUUAAAGUAGAGGAAUCAAGAGCGUUGAAAAAUUUUCAUGCAUCACUUGUGGAAGUUGUGAAAGAACUCUUGAAGCCAAGUUGGCAUAAGGGUGUUCUGAGCAAGGAUGCUCACAAAAUCAUAGUUAAAAAAGCAGUAGAGAAGGUCCUUAGCACGUUACAACCUCACCAGGUCCCAAGUACUUCAGAGUCAGUGAAGCAAUAUCUUUCUUUAUCUCAAACAAAACUUGCCAAGCUUGUCGAGGGAUAUGUUGAUAAGUAUCGAAAAUCUUCACUUGGCUGACUAGCUGCUCUCACUUUUACUUUAUGGAUGUUGGUGAACCCUUUGUUUGGAGGCUUUCUUUUUGUCAAAAUUUUAACAGCUGGAUAAGGGCUGUAAAAUGGAGGUCAUAAUCAGACAUGUUUUCAUGGACAAACUUGUUCUCCUUGUACAUUCAAGUAGUUGUCGUUGGUACAUCUUUUCUUAGUUAUUGUUUUUUAAUCCAACAGCUUGGACCGAAUUGUGAACCUGAAAAUCUUGAUAAUAAGGUUUCUCAUUAUCUGGAUGCUUGAUGCAAGUUGUUUUACGUC